ACUACAAUGGCGGAAACGAUGCACUGUCGUAGUGUCAGGCGCGAGGCCUAUUUGUUAAUUUAAUAACAACAGUUCUUUUUUGUUGGUUAUUUAAGUUAUAGUAAUUGAGUUUAGUUUGUAAAACUCACUACAUUCAUGAGUGUAAUUAGACGUUUUAGAACUUAUCGGUAGCAAUGAACGGGUUAAGUUUGAGUGAAUUGUGUUGCUUAUUUUGUUGUCCACCUUGUCCAUCAAGAAUCGCAGCAAAAUUAGCUUUCUUACCACCUGAUCCCACAUACAGCUUUCAGUCUGAUGAAUCUGGAUCCAAGUUUCAAAUCAGUCUCUCAGACAGAGCGGAAUGGCAAUAUUCAGAACGUGAGAAGGAAAAUAUAGAAGGCUUCUUUGCAAGGACUUCAAGAGGCAAUAGAAUUGCAUGUCUUUUUGUUAGGUGCAGUGCUAAUGCUCGGUUUACAAUAUUGUUUUCACACGGUAAUGCAGUUGACUUGGGGCAGAUGAGUAGUUUUUAUCUAGGCUUAGGAACUAGAAUCAACUGUAACAUAUUUAGUUACGAUUAUUCAGGAUAUGGAGUAAGUACAGGCAAACCCUCUGAAAAGAACCUGUAUGCUGAUAUUGAUGCGGCCUGGCAAACAUUAAGGACAAGGUAUGGGAUAAGUCCUGAAAAUAUAAUAUUAUAUGGACAAAGCAUCGGAACUGUACCCACAGUGGACUUGGCAUCAAGAUAUGAGGUUGGUGCAGUUGUUCUACAUUCACCGCUGAUGUCAGGCAUGAGAGUGGCCUUUCCUAAUACGAAAAGGACGUGGUUCUUCGAUGCCUUUCCUAGGUAACUUAGUUGAACUGCCUGUUGUUUGCUUCUUAUAUAAGGGAAAUUCUGAAAUUGCUAAGUGCCUAAAGAUCCUA